AUGUGUAGUAUGAGUGUUUAUUCAGUUAAGCAGGUGUAUCAGAAGCUUGCAGGAAGCAACCCUGCAGUGCAUUGGGAUAAACUGGUUUGGAAUAGGCUUAGUCUUGCUAAGCGCAGGUUCAUUUGUUGGUUAGCUGUGCAGAAAAGGCUCCAUACUACUGCAGUCCUGGCAAGGAUUGGUAUUAGUUCUUCUGCUGCUUGCUUGUUGUGUGCGCAGUCUGAUGAAGAUCAUAACCAUUUGUUUUUUAAUUGUCAGUAUAGCAAAGAGUGUCUGGAAAAGCUUACAAGAUGGUUUGGGAUUCAGAUUCAGGGUACUAAUUUGCUGAAUGUUGUUAACAGUCCCAGUCACAGAAGAUACACUAAAUUCAGGAGAAUGGUGUAUUAUGCUGGUGUUUCUGCUCUGGUCUACCUGAUUUGGAGAAGUAGAAAUAGUAGCUAUUGGAAUCAGUUAGUGUUUACUACUCCGAAUGUAAUAGCUAGUUUAAAACAGAUUGUAAGAAGUAGAAUCUUAGUGGUUAUGCCUAAGAAAGUAAGUAGGAAUGAUCAUAGGUGGUUUGUAGAGCUGUGA